CAGCAAUCGCUGCUGCUGGCAGGUGAAGGAGGUCCGGAUCGGCCCGCAGGCUCGGCUCACCUUACGGUUCUCACGGCAGGAAGCGGGACGCGCAGCGCUCCGUGAGGGCAGCAUCUGCAGAAGGUGAUGACAGAAGAGUGCGUGGAGCAGCAGACGUCUCAGGAGGACGUCAGGACGGGAAACAGAGGAGAUCACCACUCUGAUGCUGAGGAUGUGAUGGAGGAGCAUCAGAGGAUUGACAGGAUGGUGGGUGACUCUCUGCAGGCGGCAGAUCAGGAGCAGCAGGAGCCGUCAGGCAAGAAGAAACCGGUGUUGGUCAGGUCUAAAACUUUAGACAACUCCAUGCUGACUCAGGUCCAGAUAGAGUCAGAAUCCAAGAUAGAGAGAAAGAAGUCCCACUACAGCCAGCUUUCGAAGAGCAACUGUCAGUACCAUAAAAUAUUUAAGGAGAUCAGCAAAGAGGAACAGCUCAGACAGAGUUACACCUGUGCUCUGCAGAAAGACAUCCUCUACCAGGGGCGGAUGUUUGUCUCUGAUCACUGGAUCUGCUUCCACUCCAAGGUUUUUGGCAAAGAUACCAAGAUCGCCAUCCCAGUGAUGUCCGUCACAAACAUCAAAAAGACCAAAACCGCCAUCCUGUUGCCAAACGCUGUAGUGAUCGCCACCACGAAUGACAGAGACUUUCCUUUUCUGUUGCCACAGUACCUGUUUGUGUCCUUCCUGUCCAGAGACAACACCUACAAGUUCCUGACGUCGGUUUGUCUCCACCUGGAGGAGAGGAGUCCCUGCAGCAGCCCUCUUCCUUCCUCGGCUGAACACAGCUUCAGAGGUCAGAGGUCACCGCUGUCGCCUCGCUUUCCUAUGAGGGAUUUUGGUGACCUGGAUGGAGCCAUGAGGCAGAGGAGGCAGGAGAUGGAGGAAAACAGCAGCUCAGACUCCCAGGCCCCAGACUACGACAAGAUAGCUGAUUUGCCCAUUCCUCAUUUCCUGGACGCGCUGAAACAGAAAGGAAGCGCAUCAUCACCAGAGCAGCAGCACAAAGGGAAGAAGCAGCAUCUGAACCAGCAGAGCUCCGGCUACAAGCAGCAGAACUCGUGCCGUUCCAGCUCAGAGGUGGUGAUGGACAGCAGAGUCCUGAAAUCAGUUUCUCUCAACACUCUGCUGAUUAUCUACAUGUUUCUCGUGUGCGUCCUGGUCCUGUCUUCCUGUUACCUGGCCUUCAGGAUAGUUUGCCUGGAGCAGAGGCUAACCACGCUGGGCUCUGUAGCCGACUUCACGCAGCACGAAAGCAGCUUUCUUCCUGGGAGUGCUGACGUGAACACCGAGCUCUUCUCUGAACUGCUGACCAUCAACCUGCUGAAACUGGAGAAGGUGCAGAAGAACCUGCAGAGGCUGCUGGACAACGCUGCGUAAAGGCACCAGAACCAGGAGGAGGAAAUGAAAGAGCUGCUUGCAGCGCUGUAAAUAAACUGUGAAUAUUUAAUGGAUUCUAUGCAGGUGGUGCAAACUGUUGUGGUUCUAUUAUCUGCAUGUCAUGUAUAAACCAGCAACCCUCAGGGAUGAAGGGGCCAGAGCUUCCAGCCACCAACAGCCGUCGCCUGAAUGAAAAAAAAAAAAAACACUUUAUUGAAGUUUUCCAGACUAUCGUCCCC